CAGCAUUGUGUUUGGAUCCAGAAAAUUAUUGCCUAGGACUGAAAAGUUCAAGUUUUAAUGAGUUUCUAAUACACGAAAAAGAUAGAAAUGGAUUUUCCUACCACGUCUUCACACUUUGAGGACGCGAUUUUUGAAGGAAACCUUUUACACGAGGACUUCAUCGAACUUUCCAAUAAAAUAAAUAAUAAAAAAGAUAAGGCUCUUGAAUUUGAGACAAAUCCUGUGCCUCCUGAUAAAGAUGAGCUAAUUCGACGCAUUGAGGAUGUUACUUUAAAAAUUAUUGAAGACUUGUCUAAUGACAAAUCACCAGUUUUAAAACUACGUGUCACUAAUUGGAACAAUUGCAAUUACGAAAAUGAUAUAGUUAAUAUGAAACCUGUACCAGAAGCACAAAUUGGUCAAGUUUGUUUCGGCGUGGCUCGCAGUGAACGUAAAUUUACUGUGAUUGUCUAUAUUUUGUCUAAAAUUUAUAGAAUGUUACAAAGUGGAGGGACGUGCACAAAGAGAGAGAUGUAUUACCAAAACGUGCCAUUGUUUCAAAAUCAAAAAGUUGUGGACAGUGCAAUUCGCGAUAUUUGCAGUAUUCUUGAUGCUCCCAGUUGGUCUCUAGGAGUUAAUGCGACCUCUAAAGGAUUAAUUGCAGGGGAUUUGACCAUUACCACGUCUGACGGAAAGGAACUGAUAUGCUCUAACGUCGGCGGAAUUAUGCUUCCGCAGAACGUCUUUGGCAUACAAUUCAUAAAAUCCUCAGCCAAGUUUGUCUUAGUUAUCGAAAAGGAUGCAACUUUCCAAAAACUUUUGAACGAUGAAGCUCCUCGUAAAUUGGGACCUUGUAUUUUGAUAACGGGUAAAGGUUUUCCUGACGUAAGUACCAGAGUGAUGGUCAAACGUCUCUGCAAAGAUUUGCAGAUUCCAAUUUAUGCCUUGGUAGAUGCGGAUCCACAUGGCAUCGAGAUAAUGUGCACAUAUAGAUUCGGAUCAUUGGCUAUGUCGCAUCAAUCCGACUAUCUAGCCGUUCCCUCUAUCCGCUGGCUGGGCGUACAACCUUCGGAUGUCGAAACCCUGGCGGUUCCUAUGUUACCAAUUACUGUGGACGACCUAUCGAAGUUACGAACUCUGAGAUCACGAUAUUAUAUUCAAAAUAAUCCCGAAUUGCUGAAACAAAUCGACAUUAUGGUAUCUACUAACUGUAAAGCGGAAAUUGAAGGUGUCGAUUGUUUGUCCAAUUCUUAUUUGACGGAUGUCUAUUUACCCAGUAAAAUAUUUCAUAGCGAUUUCAUAUGAAUGACACGAAACUAUUGCAUUUAUCAAAACUAUAUACACCCUUGUUUUUUCUUUCUUGGCCCUUUUCACUCGUAAAUUGUCACAAUGUGAAGUAUUUUGCCGCCAGUACGGCAGCAUAUGAGUUGAAAGAGUUAAUUGCAUUUCAUUUGAUAUUUUAUUGUUAAUAAUAUAUAUUCAUUCAUUUAUUGUAAAUAAUAUAUAUUUACCCAUAUGUUCAAAAGCACAACAAUUUUAUUUAUUAAAAUACAUAAAACUUUACGAAAUUUCAAGGAGUUAAAAAACAACUCUUUAAAAAACAUAUCAAAAUAGAAUAGUUAAAACUAAUAUAAA